GAUGAAGGUUUGAGGGGAACUUUUUGCAAUGGGUUUCAGUACGCAUCGUUUUGUUGGGUCGGUGGACCCUAAUCUGAUAUGUGGAAUUUGCAGUUCUGUUAUAGAGGAUGCUGUGUUGACGCCUUGUGGACAUACUUUUUGCUAUUGCUGCCUGGAGACUUGGAUGAGUAAACCGCGAGUAAAUUCAUGUCCUGAGUGCAGAAGUACUAUGGCUCUGAGGGACGUAAAGCCGGUACUUUGUCUUCGUAAUCUUGUGAAUGGUUUUGAUGUCAUGUGUGAUAACAGCGAACGUGGAUGUAAGUUAGUUGUGAAAUUAGAACGGUUGAAAUCCCAUUUACAGGUCUGUGGAUAUACCCCUAUAAAGUGCGCAGGGUGUUCCGAGAUGGUGAAUCGGUCAGAACUUGCAAACCAUCAAAUGUCUUGCGAGGGCAUUUCAGCUUCUUUGAAGGAUGAAAACUACGAUUCUUACAUGUACAAAUCUUUAGCAGCAAUAUCCCUAGAAAAUGAAGCUACCUCUUUGGAACUUUCGGGACUCCUUGCAAAGAUUUCGUCUUUGGAAUUUCAAUUGAAGUCACUGAAAAGGGACAUGCAAAUCUCCGAGUCAAAAAACCGUGUCCUUGAACGUGAGUACAGGAAAACUAAGGACGAGCUUCAACAGAAGAGAAAUGAAAUUCUCGAAGUCCAGUACUCCGAGUUUGACCCGGACUAUGACUAUGGUUACACUCCGCAAACAGUAGCCAAAUUGUCCUUACUCGUCGCUAGAUUUCUGUUGAAGAAACCGUCGUAUGUGGACAGCGACAAAAUUUUUGCGGCUAUCAAACGUUCGUACGAGCAGUAUGCACGUUGUGGAAACCAGUAUGAAUAUGAUGUUCACAUGCUUGUUGCCACCGCUUUUGCGAGUAAUUGGUUCAGCGAAAGUCAGAGAAUUAACUUUCAUUGCUGGCUUCAGAGUCUUGCUAGAUAUCGUCAAUAUGCUAAUACGGGGAUAGAUUCAAGUGAACAACAUAUUUACCAAUGAAAAUGAUAUACAACUGAACGUAAACAAUUAUCAUUGCAUACCUGUAGGACAUUGACUUAUAUAGAUCGAUUUUAAUUGCAACCUUUGCUUUGUUGAAAUGUUCAGACACAAGCUUGAAAUUUUACCUUUAUAUGCACUGAAAUAUCUGUUUGAAAUGAAAACAUUUAAAAUCUGGGAUAUGCUGAUUUUUAAAAACCCUUAGAAACUUUAAAAUGAAUUGUGAAUAAAUUACUAGUUUCCUCGUAUGGAGUUAAUGACGGUAAUUAGAGGUUUAUGUUUUAGAUUUAGAAAAAAAGGCUUUAGCUUUCUGUUCAGAAAGUACAACAGUGUUUAAAAUGUCGUCAUCUCUAAUUGUGAUGAAAGUACGACAUUGCUUGAUAUAUAGAGUUUAAAAAAAGUUAAACGCUUGACUUCAAACUUAAGAUCACUGUAGACUUUUCAAGUCAUUUAAAUCUUGAUUAUCUUUUGUAUAAGUAUUAUUACUCAGAAAUAGGAGCAUUAUAUAAUGUUUUUAGAAAGAAUAUAUAAGUAAUGUAUCUUAUUAUGUAAAUAUAAGAAGUUUAAAAAAAAAGGUUGUUUGGAUUUCGGGAAAACAAGCUUUUAAGGAUAAAAUCCUUGUUUUAUAAAGUCAUUAAAAAUUUUGUGAAAUAAAUACAUAUAUAUGUCCACUUUAUAAAAAGUUUUUUUUUCUUUUCAGAAUUGUGUGUAAUUCUGUUUACUGCAUGCAAUCUAUAUAUACAAUUUUGUUUAAGGAAAAAAUUAAGUUUUCGAGAUUCGGUCAUCCUUUUUGUAUAGUGCACUAUUUGUGUAUUCCAGAAAUCGGUAAUAA